AUGGUCUUCGACAGUUUCUUCCGCCGAGCCUUCUGGGGCCUGGCUGGGUGUGGAUUGAUCUAUGCCGUAGCUAUGGGUGCUUUGACCUUGCCGGUGGUCCAGCGCAAUGCCACCUACGUCCACAAAUUCAAUCCCACCUAUUUUCAGAAUCUGAACAAUACUGAGCAAUUUGGUUUCCUCCAUCACCAAAUUCAACCCUUCGCCGUCACCACCCCUGACAAUGUGACUUUGUUUGCCUGGCAUAUCCUCCCUACACAUCUCUACUCCAAGCACGAGAAAGCCUUAACUGAGCAGGCAGAUUUCGGCCUAAAGCCCUGGGAGAUCGCUUCCACGACCGUCGGUCUUCAACUCCUUCUCAAUGAUCCGACUGCAGUUGUUGUUUUAGCCUGUCAUGGAAAUGCUGGCCACCUCGCCUCCAACUACCGCCCUUCAGCAUAUCAGCAGAUGCUGGGUGUGUCGACCCCAGAGAAACCGGUCCAUGUCAUAGCCUUCGACUACCGCGGAUUCGGCCUGAGCACAGGUAGUCCCACGGAGGAGGGUGUUAUCCAGGACGCUGUAUCAUUACUGUCUGCUCUAACCGGAGAGUCCGACAAUGUCAAGGAUCGACGCAAAACAGACCACCGGUAUGUGGAUCCUGCCCAAGUGGUCUUGGUUGGACAAUCCAUGGGCACGUUUAUUUCGACGGCCACCUAUUACGAAUGGGUGAUAAAACUAGGCAGAGCACCGCCGAAGGGCUUAAUUACUAUCGCGAGCUUUACUUCAUUGCCCAAUCUGCUCGAGUCCUACUCGUUCAAAGGCCUCACUCCUCCCAUUCUAUCUCCGUUGAUGGCAUAUCCUCGAGUGCAAGAGUGGUUGCGUUCCCACAUUGUCGACAAAUGGGACGCGAGCUCUAGGCUGGUGGAAUUAGCAAAGACGCCCGAGGUCCAGCUCAACCUGGUCAUGUUACAUGCGCGCAACGACUACGAGAUCCCGUGGCAGGAGGGUCGUGCGAAUUGGGAACACAUAUUGGACUCUGCAACCAACGGCCUAGUCGACUUUCCGCGCAACCUUGAUCGAGAAGAAUGGAAGAGCAAGGACGAUCUUGACGAUAUGGAUUAUGCAGGUGGACAGGAUCUGAAGCGUAUACCUCCCGCUGCCCACAGACAAUGCUUGAAGCGCAGUUUCAAUUCACGCUCAUACCUUGCUGACGACCCCGUUGCCGACUCUUCCGGGAUGGAUGGUGACUGGCAUCUGCCCAGGCAGCCGAAAUGUUCUUCUCAUAACCGCAGCCAGUUCGAAGGUGUGCCCAAUGAAGUCAGUACUGUGAGAGCAGGAAGUGUGAGACUGCCGCUGACCAUCGGGCAGAUCCUCAACAAGAUUGUGACCUUUCUCCCGGAUGAUCAGGAUCUCCACAACUUGAUGCUCACCUGCACGACCUUUGCGUACGCUUUGACAUCUUCCCGGUCGGCAAUCUGGCGUCAACGGUUCAACUCGGCCUUCGACUGGCCAUUCAUCGUCGACAUGACAGAGUUCGCUUCGGCGUAUCAGUUACGGAAAUUUGUCCUCCAGAAUUUCGUCGAGUUCACCGACCCGGACGACGAGAGAUUGCAGAUUCAAUUGGAGGUUCUGAGAGAUAUGCUCCUGGAGUCCUACAAUCAGCAGUCCACGCUCCUCCCUAGACCAUCGACCUCUCGCAAUCUCGCAGCCUUUGCGUCUGUUGUGAUAUCCCAUCUGCUAUUGUCACCGGCUUCCCGCAUGGCCUCCACCGUGAGAUCAUCCAGGACGAACUAUGAUCUGGCCAUCGUGUACAACUGGGGAAGCCCCUUGACUCUUCUGUAUCCGAAAGAGAAGGGGAAAGGGAAGGACAAAGGAGAAGAGAAUGAAGGCUUGACAAGAAACAGGACACGCAACAAACGACACCGUGACAGGCUACGCAGACCACCUCAACCUAGCAGGCCGACGCACAAGCUCGACACCCGUUCUCUGCUCCACAUUCGCAACUUCUGGCACCGUCACCUUAUCCAGACCGCGAAAGGGUCCGGGGCGAGGGACAUUCUCACCGAGAAUACAUAUGCGAAAAUGGCGCGAGAGCUGAUGCGUCAUGGAAUCACGCCGAAGCCGUGGGAUAGGCCGCUCGCCGAAGGCCCGUUGCUGCAGAUUCCCACCGAGUGGUACGGACACUAUUCCACACUGGCCAAUUGGCCGAGGAAGCGGCUGGAGCUCGAAGAGGUCCAAAGCCUGGCAGAAGACUGGCACGAGGUUGAUCCCAUGAAACUCGACUUUGCCAUUUCGGCGGACAACCAAGUCGACGGCUUCUGGUCGCCCAUCUUCAAGAGCGUGCCGGCUUUUCAAAAGACACUCCCCGACCUCAGCCAAUGCGUCUUCAUCCGCGGGCUCGCUCCUUUUGUCCAGCUAUCACCGCCAACUAAUCCUGCGAGGGCAUCCGACGCGGCGGGAUCGCAGUCCACACUCACGCUGCCGGCCGCGCCAGAACUGUCCAAAUAUCACCCUUACUUGGCCCUUCGUCUCCGUGGCGUUGUCCACUCCAUCCCCGCCCAAGCUCUUACAGACGACGAUGAGGACGAUGACAACGACACGGAUCAAGACCCCGGUCUACCGGGAUUCAAGCGCGUCGUGAUGAUCCUCUACAAGCCCAACAAACGCUACCUGAUCCAAGUCCUCGAGCACGCCGAGGAAGAGUACGGCGAGACGUACGCGACAGCGCUGACGGCGCAGAUGGCGCAAGGUAACAGUAACGACAACGCAGGCGUUGGCCCUGGCCCUGGCCUUGACCCCGCGCCCGCACUCGCGCUCGACAACGCCGCCGAGAUCGACGCGCGGCUCGACGAGUACCUGCGCACGAAACUCGUGUCGAACCCUCUGUGGCGCGACGGGGCCAACUUCGACAGGGACGCGGUCGAGGAGAUGGAGGAAAAGUUCCGCCUCAGCGAGUACCUGGAGUGGAACGACAUUGACUACGCGUACGCGUACGAAGGCGCACUGCUUCCCGGCGGGAAGAUCAUGUUGGGGAAGUACGUUGAGUCCUCCUCCUGCUCCUCUAGAGGGAUUUUCAUCCUACCAUUUCUGCUAACGCCAUUUCUUUAUGAUAGGUGGUGGCGCAUCACCAUCCUCGGCGACGGCGAGGGGUUGGAGUGGAGCGACAGACUGGGCGACCUGGACGAGGAUGUCACCGGAGAAGGACAAGGACUCGACCACCCCAGCGACGGAGACGCCAUGGACCUGGACCUGGACCUAGACCUAGAUCCCAUCACAGGCAUGGGAAGUGGCAGUGGCAGUUCCGGUACCACGCACCAGCAAGGCGCAUCGAGCGAGGCUGGCCGCGAGACCGGAGAUGCGAGUCUCCACAAGAAGCGCGAGCGCGGACCAUUUGUUUUCUGGUGUCGAUGA